CAGCACAGAGCGGGCAAGGCCAGGCAGGCCAUGGGGCGCUGGGCGCUACUGCCCAGCUGGGUUUCUGCUACGCUGCUGCUGGCUCUGGCCGCUCUGCCCGCAGCCCUGGCCGCCAACAGCAGUGGUCGAUGGUGGGGCAUCGUGAACGUGGCUUCCUCCACGAACCUGCUGACCGAUUCCAAGAGUUUGCAGCUGGUGCUGGAGCCCAGCCUGCAGCUGUUGAGCCGCAAACAGCGGAGGCUGAUCCGCCAGAACCCGGGGAUCCUGCACAGCGUGAGCGGGGGGCUGCAGAGUGCCGUGCGCGAAUGCAAGUGGCAGUUCCGGAACCGCCGCUGGAACUGUCCCACGGCUCCGGGGCCCCACCUCUUCGGCAAGAUUGUCAACCGAGGGUGCCGGGAAACAGCGUUCAUUUUCGCUAUCACCUCAGCCGGGGUCACGCAUUCAGUGGCGCGCUCCUGCUCCGAGGGCUCCAUCGAGUCCUGCACAUGCGACUAUCGGAGGCGCGGUCCUGGGGGCCCAGAUUGGCAUUGGGGGGGAUGCAGCGACAACAUUGACUUCGGCCGCCUCUUUGGUAGAGAGUUUGUGGACUCUGGGGAGAAAGGACGGGACCUGCGCUUCCUCAUGAACCUUCACAACAAUGAGGCCGGCCGAACGACCGUGUUCUCUGAGAUGCGCCAGGAGUGCAAGUGCCACGGGAUGUCCGGCUCGUGCACUGUGCGCACGUGCUGGAUGCGCCUACCCACGCUGCGCGCCGUGGGCGACGUGCUGCGCGACCGCUUCGAUGGCGCCUCGCGCGUCCUCUACGGCAACCGCGGCAAUAACCGUGCCUCGAGGGCGGAGCUGCUGCGCCUCGAGCCAGAGGACCCCGCGCACAAGCCGCCCUCCCCUCACGACCUCGUCUACUUUGAGAAAUCACCCAACUUCUGCACGUACAGCGGACGCCUGGGCACAGCGGGCACGGCGGGACGCGCCUGCAACAGCUCGUCGCCCGCGCUGGACGGCUGUGAGCUGCUCUGCUGUGGCCGGGGUCACCGCACGCGCACGCAGCGCGUCACGGAGCGCUGCAACUGCACCUUCCACUGGUGCUGCCACGUCAGCUGCCGCAACUGUACGCACACGCGCGUCCUUCACGAGUGUCUCUGAGGUGCAGCGCGGACUCGCCCCC